AUGUCGUUCAAGAAGGGAGACGUAUACCCGUGCAACCCGACGACCGCGCGCGGAGAGUCCACGAAACUCAGUGCGAGCGAGGACAAGAUCGUCUAUACGAAUGGAAGGACUGUUAUUAUUCGCGACUUGAAGAAUCCGGCGAUCGCGACGACUUAUGCAGGACAUGUCCCAAACACCACUGUCGCUCGCAUAUCUCCUUCAGGGUACUACUGUGCAUCUGCAGACGUCACUGGCACAGUACGGGUGUGGGACGUAGUCGGCGAAGAUCAAGUGCUCAAGGGAGAGUACAAGGUCAUCUCCGGACGCGUGAAGGAUCUGGCUUGGGACGGAGAGAGCAAGCGGAUCAUAGCUGUUGGCGAUGGCAGAGACAAGUUUGGUCACGCCUUUAUGAUGGAUACAGGAUCUUCAACAGGAGAGAUUAUCGGGCACUCUAAAAUCAUAAGCGCCGUGGCGAUACGACAUCAGAGACCAUUCCGCGCCGCGACCGCUUCGGACGAUGCUACGAUCGUCUUCCACCAAGGCGCACCAUAUAAAUACGAUAAGACCAUCAAGACGCACACGAAGUUCGUGCAAGACGUGCAAUAUGCGCCGUCGGGGGAUCAAUUUGCUAGCGUCGGCUCAGACUCGAAGAUCUUCCUCUACGAUGGGAAGACGGGCGAGACGCUCGGUGAGUUCACGGAAAGCCCGCACACGGGCAGCAUCAUGGCAUGUAGCUGGAGCCCAGAUAGCAAAUCGCUUUCAACGUCGUCUGCGGAUUGUACCGUUAAGCUCUGGGAUGUCGAGACUCGCAAGGCAACAUCCAGUUGGUCAUUAGGGUCGGGCGUCAGCAACCAGCAAGUUGGAAAUGUCUGGACAGGUGGAGACGAGAUCGUCUCUUUGUCCAUCUCGGGCAACCUAAACAUCUUCGACAAGCGCGUCAAGGACAAGCCUGCUCGUGUGCUCUACGGACCACAGAAGGCCAUUAAUACUGCGGUAUCGACUGCCCCUGGUACGUUCCUCGCCGGCACAACGGACGGACGGGUGUUCGCCUUCUCCGAGUCUUACUCGCCGGUCGAAGGACAGAGCCACUCCAACUACGUCGCAGGGCUAGCCGCUGCGGCCAACGGCAAAGUCUACUCCGUAGGGUACGACGAUUGCGUGCGGGAAAUCGACAGCAGGAGCAGCAGCUUCGUGCCGGCAUCGAGCCCAACCGCUUCACAGCCCAAGUCCGUCGCGGUGGCCGGCGACUCCACGGUCUUCGUCGCGGAGACUAGUAGCGUCGAGGCUAUCCGUUCGAACCAAAAGGUUUUCGAGCUCCAAGCGAAGUUCCCGCCUAGCUCGGUUGCAGCCUCAGGCUCAGUUAUCGCUGUGGGUGGCGAGGACCAGAAGGUCCGUCUGUACGGCUGGGACGGCAAGACGCUCAGCGAGACCGCAACGCUGGAGGGGAACAAGGGCAACGUGAGCGCACUCGCAUUCUCGCCCAACGGAUCGCUGUUAGCUGCGGGCGACUCGAGCGGGAAGAUCGUACUGUUUGACGUAAAGGAACGGAAGGCGAUUACCUCACGCUGGUCCUUCCACACCGCGCGUAUACAUUCAUUGGCGUGGACGAGCGACGGCCAGCACUGCGCCUCAGGCUCGCUCGACACGCACGUCUACGUGUGGAGCGUACAGAAGCCGAUGCGCAACAUGGCGAUCAAGAAUGCCGGGCCUGGGGGUGUCAGUGCCGUGUUCUGGCUUAAGGAUGGUGAGCUUGCGAGCGCGGGCGCCGAUGGGUGCGUGCGGGUCUGGAGCAUCACGUUCCACGCGUAG